CAGGUGCAGACUCUGCAAGGUGCAUUCUUUUCACCUUUAUUAUUUUUUUGGUUUGCUCUUUUUUUUGAGGUAUUUAACAAGAUAUAAGGAUAUAUUCUGUUAGAGCAGCUCGGUUUGUAUGCUGGGUUUUUUUGCGAUCUUGGAAAUUGUCUAGAGCAGAUAAAAAAGGGCGUUGAUGCGCUCUCUUAGGAGGCAGCACUAAUAACAUGAGCAGUAGGGACCUUGCUGUCUCCGGCAGUCUGUUUUUGUUGAUACCGUCAGCAGCCGCUCAGGAGGGAGACACGGAGGAAUUAAUGCGUAUUUAAACAGCAGCACAGUCGUGUUGUAAAUACACCGAAGACGAAAAAUGAGAGGCCUAGGAUACUUUAUUGCACUUUUAUUCUUUCCCAUGGCAUUUGGUGUAGAUUUCCUUGUGGAGCCAAUAUCUUAUCACGCACACCGGGUGUAUGUGAAGUCUCCCGUAGCCGCCAGAAGUCUGAUCGGGACGGGAUCGGAUGCAGAUAUCUCUCGGAUCCACCGUCACGUCCAGAAAAGAAGCGCAGAUGGUGGAUCAGACUCCUGUAAUGGGUUGCAUGGAUUUGAGACCAAGUUAACUAGCAAUACGCACAACUGGACCUUUCCAGAUAUCAGUGGAUCCGUAUCUCUGGCCUGGGUGGGAGAUGGAACUGGGGUAGUGCUGGCCCUGACAACAUUUCAGAUGCCAAUAGUCUUCCUGAGAUUCGGUCAGUCUAAACUGUACAGGAGUGAAAACUAUGGAAAGUCCUUUGAGGAUGUCUCAGAACUUAUCAACAACACCUUCAUCAGCACUGACUAUGGGAUCGCUAUUGGUCCGGAAAACUCUGGCAAGGUGAUCCUCACGGGAGAUGCUUCCGGAGGCAGUGGUGCCAGAAUUUUCCGUUCAAGAGAUUUUGGCAAGAGUUUCAUCCACACAGAAUUGCCUUUCCACCCACUAAUGCAGAUAAUGUACAACCCUCAAAACUCAGAUGUGCUUGUAGCCAUCAGCACCAGGCGUGAUCUCUGGAUCUCCAAAGACUUUGGUGCAACAUGGGCGAAGAUCCAUGAGAUGGUGUGUGCGGUCAAAUGGGGAAUAGAUACUCUGUUCUUCUCCACCAACAUUAACGGAUCUUGCUAUGAUAAAGGGAUGCUGGUGCUGAGGAAGUCAGUUGACUUUGGCGUUAAUAUUAAAACAGUUGCUGAAAGGAUCUACUCUUUUGGGAUCGGUGGACGAUUCUUGUUCGCAUCAGUUCUGGCUGGAUCAGGAAACAUAAUGCCGUCAGCGUCAGAGGACAUGAUACGGGCAAUACAUGUAUCGUUAGACAAAGGUGAGACGUGGAACAUGGCACAACUUCCUCCUGUCGGUCAUGAGCAGUUUUAUUCAAUACUGGCAGCCAAUGAUGAAAUGGUCUUCAUGCAUGUGGACGAACCAGGAGACACUGGGUUUGGCACCAUCUAUGUAUCAGAUGACAGAGGCAUUGUGUAUUCCAAGUCUCUAGAACGCCAUCUGUAUACGACCCCAGGGGGCGAGACAGACUUCACGAACGUCACUUCCCUCAGAGGAGUCUUCACUACUAGCGUGCUGGUUGAGGACGGCUCAGUACAGACAGUAGUAUCAUUCGAUCAGGGAGGAGAAUGGGUUCCUUUGAAGAAACCAGAGAACAGCAAGUGCGAUUCUACAGCCAAAGAUCCAGAAAUGUGUAGUCUGCAUAUUCAUGCCUCAUACAGUACCUCCAUGAAGCUGAAUGUUCCCAUGCUGCCUCUGAGUGAACCCAAUGCUGUGGGACUUAUAUUGGCUCAUGGCAGUGUAGGUGAUGCAAUCUCAAUGUUGACUCCUGAUGUGUACGUGUCUGAUGAUGGAGGCUACACCUGGCUGCAGGCACUGAAGGGGCCGCACCAUUAUGCCAUCCUAGACUCAGGAGGCCUGCUGGUGGCCGUGGAGCACAGUGAAGUCAAACCCAUCUCUGAGAUUAAGUUCUCCACCGAUGAGGGGCAAUGCUGGCAUGUUUAUAAGUUCACCCAGACACCAAUGUUCUUCACAGGGCUGGCCUCAGAGCCUGGUGCCCGCUCAGUGAAUGUCAGUCUGUGGGGUUAUGAAGAUGCUCUGAUCAGCCACUGGGUAACUUACACCAUUGACUUUAAAGACCUGCUGACACGUACCUGCGAGGACAGUGAUUACAUUGAGUGGCUGGCACACUCUGAUGACAUCAGCGACCCAGACGAUGGUUGCAUGCUGGGUUAUAAGGAACAUUUCCAGCGUGUGAGGAAGGACUCAGUGUGUUGGAUUGGCAGAGAUUACAUAGUCACAAAGCAGCCUACGCCAUGCAGGUGUACACUGGAUGACUUCCUGUGUGACUUUGGAUAUUACCGUAAAGAGAACAGCUCAGAAUGUAUUGAACAGGCUGAUCUCAAAGGCCAUGAUUUGGAGAUCUGCAUCCAUGGGAAAAAGGAACAGCUACAGACCACUGGGUACCGAAAGAUUCCAGGUGAUAAAUGUGAAGGAGGGGAACAACCAGAAAGAAAGGUGAUUGACCUGAGCAAGAGAUGUGUUAGCAACCUGCUGGAGCCUCAGCUGCUGACAGAUAAGCCUACCUCACACACCGCCCCAAUCAUUGUAUUCCUCAUAACCCUCCUGCUGACCAGUGUAGUGUUUGGGGUUCUGUUUGUAAAGAAGUACGUCUGUGGUGGAAGGUUCCUUGUACACAGAUACUCUGUCUUACAACAUAAUGUGGAAGCCAAUGGCAUAGAUGAACCACUGGACACAGAUGUUGCUGGAGCACCCAAGAAUGAUUUCCAUGAUGACUCCGAUGAGGACCUACUUGAGUAAAGAGCAUUAGGUGAGCAGAAGAAGCUACAUUUCCUGUCAUUCAGGCAUUACUGCUGCUGUCUCUAUCCUCCUAAAGCACAAACCAGCUGUCAGCUUUCUCAGACUUAAUCUACCAGCUAACAUCAUGCACUUCCUUGUUUCUCGACCAAUGGGAGGGAACCUGAUUGCUUCACCACCAAUAGAAAGCUGUUACCAUGAUAUAAGUGUCUUGUGAAUGUAACUCUGCUGAAAGCAGUGAAGAAGUGUUUAAAAUUCUGUUUGUGGAAGUUUCAAUUCUUGCUUUUGACACCGGGGUCUUUCGGGGGCGGGAUUUUAAGGAUCAAACCUUUUGUUUGAUGAUACUGUUAAUGGGGUUCUUGUAAAUACUUGCUUUCUUUUUAUGUACAGAUGCCCUUAUGUAAAAACUAGAGGUAUUGUUUAUCCUCAUUGUGACAUCAGAUUUUGAAAUGGUUUAUUUCAGCAGAAAUUUCAUUCAGCACCAGGAAACAAUGAAUCAUAUCAUAUGCAUGUGAUGCAAGCAUCCCAUGUUUAAAUACUGUGCUACUGAAGCCUGACUGUGUUUAUCAUUAGAAUGUGAUCAUAACUGCUGUCAGUGUCCACUUUGCUGUAAGUAAUCAGGUGCAUUAAUGAACAUAGCAAUAAAAUGCUGAGAAACAGGCAAUAGAUUUGGGUGCACUAAAAGGGAAAAUAUUUAUAAUUUAAGAUUUAUGAACAUUGUUCACCUUAAACUGUAUAGCUAUGUUGUAGGCUGUGAGUUUGAUAAAAGAGGAAUUUGUUAUUUGGAUAAAUAACUGUAGAACGUGGAGAUAAUUUUCACAUAUUACAUAACCAAUUUUUAAGCUACUGUCACACUUAAACUUUCUGCAAUGGUUAGGAAAAAUUUUGUAAUAAGUAUUUUUAUGAGCUAAGAAAUAAUGCAAAUGCAUGUAAAAUAGAAAACAGUAGUAGUUUGUGUACAAUGCACAUUUCCCCCAAAUCAAAUUUCUUUGCUUUUAACAUUUGUGCUGUUUCUUAGUUCUUGUUUUAAAAGCAGGAUAGGUUUUUUUUUUAAAUUUUUGUUUUUAUAACCAUUGCACACAGAAAUGCCUAAAACCCGACUAAGUGUUUGUGUGACAAACCAUUAGUCGCAAUAAUUUAGCAUGUGUUAAUUGUUUUCAUGUGUGUGCAGCGAAAUUCAGUGACGUGAGAACAGUUCCAGUGGUCUGAAGUCUCUGACCAUGUGACUUAAAUUUGACUAUUCAAAUGCAAUAGAGCAAUUUAGCACCUUUCCGUUGGUACUUCCUGUUUGCAUAGCUGUUUGAUGUCUGAUGCAGUGAGUUUUCUGUUAAGUGUGUAUUUAAAUAUCAGUGCUAUAGUUUGGAGGCAUUGUCAGAAUUUUUCGUAAUCGUUUAUUUACACAUACCCAAACAAAAGUCUCAUAUUUUCUUAAAGGAAGACAAUCUCCAUUGCAAAAACUCAUAUUAUGAGUUACAUAGUGUUUAAUAGGUAUAAAAAUCCUAGUGUAUAUUUUGAUUUAAGUGCCUAGCGUGGAGACAUAGCUUGUGCCUUCCAAUCAAAUGUAGAUCUCAUCUUCAAUUAUUCUAAAACACCAGAACACUCUCAUUUCAGAAAGAAUUAGCACAGUUCAUAACAUGAGCUUUGACAAAUUUAUUAUUCUAUCAGUGGACAAAUUAUAUGUGUGAACUUCUUAUACAACAAAAUAAGAGCAAUUAUGCCCCUAAAUUACUUAAUACUUGUUACUAAAUUGAAUUGCUUGGGGUAAUAAUAAUAUUAGUAGAUGCAGUGCAAAUGAAAUAUAAAGCGAAAUGAUUUCCAUUGUGACAGUGAUUUUAUUUAUAAGAGAUGUUACACUUUUUUCUUGCUUUGCAAAAUCAAUGUACAUAUUAGUUGCGAAGCUCUGUACAGACAGUAUACAGCAAUUCUGACUUUGUAUCUUUUAUUUUUGCUCUGUAUAUUUGGAACAGAACUGUUUGUUUGAGAAAUAAAUUGAUUUGUCCCAUUGA